AUGGAUGCGCCUGGCGAGACAAAUGUCAAUGGGGGCGCUGAGACGGGCCUCUCAGAGAAUCAUGCAUCAACGCGCAGCCAAUCACCCUCCGAUACGAACCCCGACGAGCACGAGCGACGUCAUCAAAGCAGUGAAGAUGGUUCCGAUUCCGGGGGCAGCGAUGACAAAGAUGAUGAUGAGGAUGAAGAUCAAGAUGGGGAGGAUUCCGACGAGGAUGAAGAAGAGCCAAAGCUCAAAUACGCAUAUCUCUCCAAGCAUUUGGGCUCGGUUUAUCGCAAUGGGGACGCCACCAGUACAUUCCUCGUUGCAGGAGACAAGAUGAUCGUUGGAACACACAAUGGUGUUAUUCAUGUUCUCUUAUUACCGCUACUACAACCUCUCCGUGUAUACCAUGCUCAUUCAGCAAGCGUUACAUCCAUAUCUGUAUCUCCGUUCCCGCCGCCCUUACCGAGCCUAAAGUUCGAUGUCCUCGGCAAGCAAACCGCAGAGGAAUAUCGUUCUCCGACACGGACCCCCACGGGCAGCAUUCGAGGCCAGCCCAGGUCAAGCCAACAGACGGCUAUCCCAGCUACACCAUCAAAUUCAAUUUACAUUGCAUCGGCAUCGAUCGACGGCAACGUGUGCAUAUCAUCAUUGAUAGAUCCGAAAGAUAUCCUCAAACGGAACUUUGGGCGGCCUGUUCAAGCAGUCGCCCUCUCGCCAGAUUAUAAGAACGACAGAACAUUUAUCAGUGGUGGUCGAGCUGGUGAAUUAAUUUUAACAAUUGGCGGUCGUAUUGGAGUCAGUUCAAAUGCUACCACAAUGGGAGGAGCGACCGCGGCGGCAUCCAGCUGGCUGGGAUCCAUGGGACUGGGAAACAACAGCGGAAAAGAUACCAUCUUGCACAGUGGGGAGGGUGCUAUCAGCACCAUCCGAUGGUCUUUGUCUGGCAAAUAUGUUACCUGGGCCAAUGAGGAGGGUAUCAAGAUCAUGCGCUCCAACCUACACCUGGAAUCCACAGAGUCCGAAUUUGCGUGGAAACGUAUCAGCCAUAUAGAUCGGCCAAAUGGGCCGGGGUGGGAAGAAAUGGCGAGCGUCUGGAAGGCGCGUGCCGAAUGGAUUGACCAAGGGGCGUUGGACGACCAUGAUAAUUUUGGCUCCAGUGAUGAUACGGUACAGCAAAAGCCUGCGCCUCUCGUACCAACUGAGAAGGUUGAAAAACUUGUCGUGGGCUGGGGAGGCACCGUGUGGGUUAUUGAUGUUUACCCAAACCGGGCGAGCAAGCAUUCCAAGGGCGAGAAAUAUGGCUCUGCAGAGGUCUCUACAAUCCUACGAACAGAUUGCAUGAUAUCUGGUAUCUCCCUGUAUACGCCUCGUCUACUUGUUAUCCUGGCAUAUAUCGAAGCAGAAGGUGAUCAGAAGGGUUCUGGGUCCAAGAAUCGCCAGAGAGGUCAAGAGCCUGAACUACGAAUCAUUGAUUUAGAGACCAAGGAAGAGCUCAGCGCUGACACACUUUCUGUCAGUCGCUUUGAAGGACUGACUGCAUCGGACUACCAUCUAAGUGUCUUGCCCCCGUGGAAAACCCCUGAGGGGCAAGUCGUUCAGCGUGGGGCCCUAGGGACUCUUGGUCACGGCCUACUGGACGCAACUAUGUACUCAGCACGGUUAUUUAGCUCCGGUGCUAGCAUCCGCAGUACCACCAGCAGUGGUGACAAGAUUUCUGCAAGAGUUCCCCCAUCAUUCAGCUCCAGACAGCUAUCUGUUGACGAACUUCCCAAGGAAGUGCAGGAUGUUGCAGGUGCUUCAGGCGCAAAGAUUUUUGUUCAUAGCCCCUACGACUGUGUCGUUGCUGUGAAGAGGGAUCUCUCUGAUCGACUGGCUUGGCUCGACUCCCGUGGGCAAUAUGAAGAAGCAUGGAAGCUCGUUAAUGAGCAUCCUGAGGCUGCAGGUUCAGUUUCGGCCGUGAAAGAAGCAAUUCCAGGGUCUAUCAAACCCCAAUCAACCCUAGGUGAUUUCUUUGCUGAUGAACGAUCCUCGAUAACGACGGCUGGUCGGAAUCAGUUUUCUGGUGCGGAUCAAGAAAAGGCCCGACUUGGUGAACUCUGGGCUGGACAACUAAUCCAUGCGGAAGAAUGGAAUGAAGCCGCUGAAGUCUGCAGCAAGGUUCUCAACAAUGCGGCUCGAUGGGAACAUUGGGCAUGGGAGUUUAUCAAGAAUGAGAAAUUUGAUGAGAUUACCCCGCACAUUCCCACAGAUGUGCGCAAUGCGCUACCUGCGGAGGUCUAUGAAGUUAUUCUCGGUCACUAUGUCUCCCGGAACCUUACGCAGUUCAAGGACUUGAUUGAAACAUGGCCAUCUGAUUUGUUUGACUCUAACAAAGUGACAUCGCUCAUUGAGGACCAUCUCAAGUCUCAUCCAACCCGGGAAGACUCCGAGGAAUGGAGAAUUUUGACUGAUUGCCUUGCCAAAAUGUUCGUUGUGGGCGGUCAUCACCGUGAAGCCAUACAUUGCUACAUUAAACUACAGGAUGCCGAUGCCACAAUGUCGUUGAUUAAGGAACAUCACCUGGUUGACGCUGUGUCUGAUGAUAUUACUGCGUUCAUCAUGAUUCGUAUCUCCAAGGAACAGAUGAAAUCGGCACCGAAAUCUGAAUUGGACGAGCUAGCCGCAGAACCAAUUCGAUUACUUGCUAGAGAGGCUUACACGGGAAUAGUCCCCCCAGAGACCGUGGUCCAGCAGCUGAAUGCUGAAAAUCGCGUUCUUUUCGUUUACUUUUAUCUCCGUGCGCUAUGGCGCGGCGAGUUCCUUCCACAGGACGCCUCGAAGCCCACAAGAGGUCGUGGGGCUCAUGCCAGAGAUGCAGCGAGCAAGCUGGCUGCAGACGAGGGAAAGACUCUGAUUGACAGGUUUGCUGAUACAGCCGUCGAAGUAUUUGCCGACUAUGAUCGACCUUUACUGAUGGAAUUCCUGCAAACGAGCAUCUCAUACACCUUUGAGACCGCAACGUCAAUCUGUGAACAACGCCACUUUACCCCAGAAUUAAUCUACCUCUUGUCUAAGAUGGGACAGACGAAGCGAGCAUUGAAUCUGAUUUUGUCAGACCUUAAGGACGUAUCUCAGGCCAUUUCAUUUGCCAAGUCGCAGGAUGAUCCUGACCUGUGGGAAGACCUUCUUGACUACUCUAUGGACAAGCCCAAGUUCAUCCACGGGCUCCUCGUCGAGGCUGGAACGGCUAUUGAUCCAAUAAAACUUGUGCGUCGGAUCCCAAGCGGUCUAGAAAUUGAAGGUCUGCGAGACGGUCUCACUCGCUUGAUCCGCGAGCAUGACCUGCAAGCAAGUAUCAGCCGAGGUGCUGCCCGGGUCAUGCAGGGUGAGGUUGCCCUAGGAAUGGACACCUUGCGCCGAGGACAACGCCGUGGAAUUGCAUUCAAUAUAGGCGAAAAUAAUGUUGUGAGCCCGAAAAAUCAGAAUAUAGACACCGCAUCGGUGUCUAGUGGCUCGACCAUGCACGCUGGGACUAGACCGGGAACAUGCGGCGGAUGUCAGGUUCCGUUCACUCCAAACGAGCGAGAAAUCCUCGUUGGCUUUGCUUGUGGCCACGUCUUUCACUUAUCCCACCUGCAUUCAGAAGAGUCGCAAUAUUCGAGCACAAACAGCGUGGCAGGUCGCACACCUCGGCCCUCCUCUCCGUCCGAGGAGUCUUCUUCGACAGCUUCUCGGACCGUGGGUCCCAAGGUGACAACCGCGCGACUUUUGCGAGACAAGAUUGGAGAGGGAUGCCGGAUCUGCGCCUUAACAAGGAAGAUUGAGUCCCUCGGGAAUGAAGGCGAGGAGUGA